AUGGCACUCCUUCAGACUUCCUUGAUCUGGAUUGUGUAUGCAGUCGUGAUAGCAAUCCUACUGGCGGUGGCCUCGGUGUUUAUCUACAUCUAUCAAACACCUCGGGAUCGCUCUCCGUCUGUGACCAUCACCUGCAUAAUCGCUAUUACGAGUCUUUUGGCAACUGUACUCUUGCUGCCAGUCGAUGUUGCACUUGUCUCAUCAACUACCUCAUCUCGGCUGGGUCAACGGAAAGACUGGGCCACUCAGGAAAAAGUCGAUAAUAUUACAUUUUCUCUCACAAUCAUUUAUUAUCUUCUGUACUCCCUUGAUGCCUUGCUCUGUCUUCUGGUCAUCCCUUUUACCUACUUUUGGUAUGAGGAGUAUGACGAGGUUGCCUCUGAAACUGGAGAGCAAACAGUAGGGCAGCGACUCUGGGGUGCCCUCAAGUAUACUUUAUCCUUCGUUGCAAUUGUAGUCAUUUUAUUCCUGGUUGGGUUCUUUGUCCCCAUCUCCAAGGACAAGAAAGGCUUGGAUUUGGAUUAUUUCAAACGAUUACUAACUGAGAACCAUGGCGAGCGGGCAUUGACAUUUGCUUUGGGUUUAUUGAUAACCCUCGGGAUCUUCUUAUAUGUCCUUUACACAUCAGUGGGACUUGCUUUGUUCCCCAUCAGCUUGAUCAAAACUGCACCCUCAAUUUCCAGCCCUACUUUGCGGGCAUCCACAGCUCAGCAAUUGGAGGCAAAUCAGGAACGACAAAGGCAGCUUGAGGGCCGUUGUGGGGGCAAUCCAGAGCUUCUCUCAUCCAAGGAUCGCAGGGAACUUGACACGCUGGGACGGGAGGAGAGAACGCUGAUUCGAAGACAACGCCUCGCUGAAGAAGCUCAAGGGGAAGGUCGAAGCUGGUUGAUGCGAGUAUGGUUCAAGAUUGAAGCAGUCUUCCGCCCCUUCAAACUACUAGGUGGUCUGCUUCUUCUGUUGGUUGCGUUUAUCACAUGGGUGUCUAUGCUGUUGACUACCAUUGACAAAGCGAAAAACUCAAUCUGCAAGCACCAGUGUGGAUAUAUCCUCGGACAUAUCAACAUUUUCAACCCUGUGAACUGGGCGCUCGUACAAUCUGCCAAGGUCUUCCCAGUUGAUUAUGCGAUCUUUACUGUGCUUGUUUUGCUUUUGUUCUGCAGUUCCAUCGUGGGCAUUGCAGCGGUCGGAAUCCGCUUCCUUUGGAUUCGUAUCUUUCAGAUCAGGAAGGGUCAUACUUCACCUCAGGCUCUCCUUUUGGCAACCGUCAUGCUGAUGUUAACGACUCUGGCAUUGAAUUAUUCCAUCUCCAUGGUGGUCGCUCCUCAGUAUGCCACAUUUGGCCCCCAGACCUUCUGCGACCGUGAGCCUACAUUACCAUUUGGGCAGCCAGAUUGCUCCGAUAACAAGGAUCUCAUCAAGCCAUGCUCCGAGUUAGCAGAGAAUCCUGCCGCGCAGAGAGUAUGCACUCCUAGUGUUGCCAGCACGUUUUUGAACCGUGUUACCUUCAACUUCCCAUUCUUUGGAGUCGUAUUUUUCUGGUCCCAAUUUGUCUUUCUCGGAGUCUAUCUGAUUAUCUUCAUCACAUCACUCUUUCGGUCACCAAAGUUGGACGAGAGACAACUCGAUGAGGAUGCCGAAGAAGCUGAAGAAGAGGGUCUACUUGCCAAUACAGGAAGACGUUUCAACGCAACUUGGCAAGAUAUUACGGGCAGACCAGACCGUGCUUGA